CAUCCUCCUUUCUCUCUUUCCCUCAUCAUCGUUCUCGCCGAGAAGACAUAUUUAGACGGCAUCUUCCCUCGUGCGCGUAGAAAUCCAAUAAUCGCUCACUACUCCGCCCACACGUACCAUGGCAUAUGCACAGCCGUUCCCGCUUGCUCAGCCCGUGCAAAAAGCGCAGCAGCCGACGUUCGGUCCCGAUCUCGCUGUCCGUCUCAUCUGCCCUGAGUGUCGAGAUCCGAAUCCGAACAUUGUCGAGCAGUUCAGCAGCGGCGAUCUGGUGUGUGGUACGUGUGGGCUGGUCCUGGGUGACAGGAUCGUCGAUACCAGGAGUGAAUGGAGGACUUUCGCCAAUGACGAGGGCGAUGACCCGUCGCGUGUCGGUGCUGCGUCCGACCCUCUCAUGGAAGGCAUGGAGCAGCUCGACACGGCUAUCUCUUUCCGAGACGGUGGCUCAGGCAUUGCGCGAGAGCUCCAGCGCGCAGCCUCUCGCGGCUCUGCCAAUCGAUCGGAGCGAAAUCUCCUUGUCGCAUUCCGGGACAUCUCCAAUUGGUGCGACCAGUUCUCGCUUCCUAAGACGAUAUCGGAUAUCGCAAAGCAGCUGUACAAGAGGUCGGAUGAGGAAAAACUGUUGCGUGGGAAGCCACUUGACGCUGUCAUCGCCGCGUGUAUCUUCAUCGCAUGUCGUCAAGCGCACGUCCCGCGUACCUUCCGCGAAAUCUGCAACCUCACCCAUGUCAGCAAGAAGGUCCUGGGGCAAUGCUACAAGGCGCUCGAGCAGGCGUUCAAUUUGACGCAGGGUGCAUCGACUACGGCGGAUCGCCACUUGACCACACCUGCCGCUGCGAGGGGUCCGGAGGACCUCCUCGUGCGAUACUGUAACCACCUCGACCUGCCGCCGAACGUCCAGCCUAUCUGUGCGGACAUCAUCAAGAAGGCGCGUGAGCUUGGUAUUGCGGAUGGACGGUCCCCUGUCUCCAUCGCAGGUGGUGCGAUCUACUUUACAUGCCAUCUACUCGGUAAGGCCAAGAGUGCACGGGACAUUAGCCAGGUAGCCGGCGUCAGUGAAGGCACCAUUAAAUUGGUGUAUAGGCUGUAUUACGCGGAAAAAGAGAGAUUGGUGAAGGAAGAGUGGAUAAAGGAAGGCAAGGCGGACCUUGGCAGGUUGCCCAUGGACAAUUCGAACAAGUGAGGUGGAGACGAUGCU